AAACGCAGUGCGCGCACUGAAGGCGCUGCUUCUCAGGUGGGAAACAGAAGGUGACAGGCAGUCUGUGAGGCACAGACGGUUCAGACACUUACAGACGAAAGAGUCUCGCAGUCAUGACUUGCAUACACACACAGCAUGGAUCUCAGGCCUAUGAGAACAGCCUCGGCAGCUCGGAGCUUCAAAGCACAGACUUUAUCUCUCGGUUGGCUGUGGAUAAGAGCAGCCCACGGGACCACCUCUCAGCUCCGUCCCUUCCAAGCAUUAGCUCUCUGGUGGACACUCAGACAGGCAAUUUUGAUGCAUAUUCGUGCCAGUUCACUGCAGCCCCUGCCCACAUGCCUCCAUCAGCAGGCCAGGAGACCACCUUCAAACUGGAUGACCUCCAGGUUUACGGCUGCUAUCCUGGAACAUUCACACUGAGUUACCCGGAUGAGCUUGUGUCCCCCUGUGGGUCAGAUUAUUUUGGCAGCCCCACAUCAGCCUCUGCUCCCUCAACUCCUGGGUUCCAGAGUCACCCUGCGUCCACCUGGGACUUAUACUCACCGAGUCCAGGAUACUGGGCAGCAGAGGAGACCUCAGUGCCGCAUGCACCCUCCUUCUUCACGUUUGGCUCAGGGUCUCUGGAGGAUUUGGGUCAAACACAUUUACAAGACCAGGACCCUUUCACAUUGACCCACCCUCACCCCACCGCACUGACCUUCCCUGCCUUGUCGAUGGAGCGAGGACACAACCUUGAAGAUAAUGAUGGAAGCUUAUCACCAAAGUUAAAAAGUCCAAGUGGAAAUGAGGGCUGCUGCGCUGUGUGUGGAGACAACGCCUCCUGUCAGCACUACGGGGUUCGCACCUGUGAGGGAUGCAAAGGGUUUUUCAAGCGUACAGUGCAAAAGAAUUCCAAGUAUGUUUGCCUUGCUAAUAAGGACUGUCCUGUGGACAAGAGGAGGCGGAAUCGAUGCCAAUUCUGCCGUUUUCAGAAGUGUCUUGCAGUAGGAAUGGUCAGGGAAGUUGUGAGAACAGACAGUCUGAAGGGACGAAGAGGUCGCCUGCCUUCUAAGCCUAAAGUCGUCCAGGAUGUGACAACUAUCCCGUCUCCCGUGAGCAUGAUCGCUUCCCUCGUCAGGGCACACAUUGACUCAAACCCAGACAUUGGGAAACUUGAUUAUUCCAGGUAUGAUGAGACAGUAGUCACUCCGAACCAGAAGGAGGAUGCGAGUGACAUCAAACAGUUUUACGACCUCCUCGCGUCCUCCAUGGACGUCAUCAGCAAGUGGGCGAAGAGCAUCCCAGGAUUCUCUGAGUUCUGCUCAGAAGACCAGGACCUUCUGCUGGAGUCUUCGUUUGUUGAACUCUUCAGCCUCCGUCUUGCAUAUCGGUCCAAUCCUGAAACAGACAAACUCAUCUUCUGCAACGGGUCUGUGCUGCACAAAAAGCAGUGUGUCCGAGGCUUUGGGGACUGGAUUGACUCCAUCUUGGAGUUUUCGCAAAGCCUCCAUCGCAUGAAGCUCGACGUUUCCUCCUUCUCCUGUCUCACAGCUCUGGUCAUAAUCACUGACCGACAUGGUCUCAAGGACCCAAAACGUGUGGAGGACCUGCAGAACCAGUUCAUCACCUGCCUCAAAGAUCACGUAUCCGGCUGCGGUUCCGAGUCCUUGCGGCCCAAUUAUUUGUCCAGACUUCUUGGGAAGCUGCCCGAGCUCAGGACUCUGUGCACACAAGGCCUCCAGCGAAUCUUUUACCUGAAAUUAGAAGACCUCGUUCCCCCGCCGCCUAUUGUGGACAAAAUCUUCAUGGAUACGCUUCCAUUUUGAGCUAGAGACGGUCACUCUGACCACCCCGUGAUGUAAAUUCUGUGCCAAAGAGAACAGACCGAUCGCUCGUACUUGAAGUUGUAUGAAGUGAAACUGUGAGAGGCUGAGAAGAAUAAUCCCGGGGGAUUAUGCUGCGCUGCUGGAAAAGGGCUAUGUCUGAAUUAUAAAGUAAAUGAGGAAUGAGACAGCGUGUAUGGGGGGGAGGGGGCAUCUACGGUAAUGCUCUCACUAGCUUGUUUUCCCAGACAAAAUGAGACAGGCCACCUCAUGGACCAAAAGGUGAAGGUUUACAUACAACACAGUGCCGUGAAUAGAGACAGAAUGAAUGCAAAUUAUAUCUGCACCUUCAUUAUAAAGAUGUGGAGGGGGGGUUUUCUUCCUUUUUUUGUGAUCUGCAUGACUGUAAAUUGCACAUAAAGCAAAAGCAUUACUGUGAUUGAUCAAAGCUGAGCACAUUUUUCUCAGAACCACUUUGACGCUUUAAGUCCACGCACACAUUUAUCACCAUCAUCAUCAUCUGAAACAUGAAUCACUCCGAUUAUAUUUGGUGAUUUUAAAGUAAAGUAGGUUAAACCUACAGAUUAUUAAGCAGCAUCAUUCAUGUAUCAUGAAGAGAAAAUGAGCAGCUAAUAUACUGUGCGUCGUCUGGUGCAGUCCUAUACAGUGAACCUGUUAUAAGCCGGACAAGUGUUAUUUUCAACAGUGCCGUAUUCUACUGUUUGUGAAAGUGUUUUUCAUAAUAACAAGUUAUAUUUACUGCAGCUUAACAUUAAUUAAAAUGUGAAACUGCAUAUUUCA